UUUGGCGACCUUACAUCUUUUUCUUCAGUUCACCCACUACAGCCUUCUCAGUUUAUUUGUGACCGAGAUAAACUCCAAGUGGGCCUUGAUUUGGCUCGCCUUACAUCCUCUGGUUUGAACCCAUUCUCUGGCAAUCUGGCAUCCUACAACUGCUCCUGGGUCAGAGUGCAUGAUGGUUUAGUGUGGUAUGAAGUGGAAGCAACAGCAGGUGCCUGUGGAAACACAUUGAGGACCAACAGCACACAUGCCGUCUACUCCAAUAUUUUAUUCAUCUACCCAAUGAACAACACGUCCUUCAUCAGUCCUGUGAGUCUUCCCUUCUCCUGCGUGUAUCCCCUGGACACAGACACCAGCCUCAAUGUGGCUAUCAGACCAUUUCUGGCGCUGGCAGGCGGCAUUUCAGGCUCAGGUACCAAAGCCAGAGCCUCCAUGUCUCUGUUCCGCACCUCACACUACACCGAGACUUAUCCAGCAGGCCGGGUCACCCUGCCAGUGGGCUCGCCAUUGUAUGUGGGCGUCUCUGUGGAGGAGAGAGAUUCAAGCUUUGCAGUUGUUCUGGAGGACUGCUACGCCACUCAAUCAUCAAACCCUGACGAUUCCAUCCAACACCCUCUCAUCCAGAACAAAUGUCCCACUGACCGCCAACAAGUGUCAGUGAUUGAGAGCGGCUCAUCCCUCCAUGCUCGUUUCUCUGCCCUGCUCCACAAUGAUUAUAGGGACGUUUACCUUCAUUGCAGCCUCAGCCUGUGCGAACGGACGAGCUUCUCUUGUGUUCCUCCUUGCACAAGUAGGACCUAUCGCUCUGUUUCCAACUCUGAUCGUCUGAGUACCCUCAGCAUUGGACCAAUCAUGUGGGACAAGUCACCUGAGUGAGCUGGUAA